AUGGAAGAUGACUGGCAGUGUGUACGUCUGCUUGGUGACGAGCGAACGUCUCGAAUUAUUACUGAUGUUACCGAAUUGAAAGAGGUGCUUAACGAUAAUGACGACUUCAAGCAUCGUAUAGUGCUAAUUGAUGGAUGGACUGCAGCAGAUGACUUUAAGAAGCUGUCAAAAGUGUGUAAGACGUGGUUUUCAAAGGAAGACGUUAUCAUGAAGCGCCGGCUCGCGUUUAUUUGCUCCAUUGCCUCUCGUAGGAAGGUUAAAGACGACCGCGAUGUCAUUGAUCGUGCAAUGGAGUGCCCGGUGUUCUCUUGGACACUGGACGAGUACAUUGAUGCGAUAAAGGAUGAUACAUUUUUUCGCAACGUGGAGCCAUACUUGGGUGACCCCCUGAGUAAUCGUUCAGCUAUGGUAGAGGCCAAGUAUUAUUACGCCGGUGGAUCCUGUCGCUAUAUGUUUUGCUAUAACUCGACGGAUGUGAUGAUAAAGUUGCAUGAUGCUGCGGAUGCAUUGAAUAAUGCUGAGAAUACCGCUACCAUUGGUAUGUAUUCACCAUUAUGCGUCAAUCGCUUGUUUGCGAUGUUCAGGGUAUCUGAUGUGAAAAAAGUGACACCUAUGAUAAGUCGCUAUGCCGCUAUGGUGAUCGCCGAAAAGUGCGGUCCGAAUACGAUCCGAAAUUUUAUGUCAACUAUCCGACAAAGCUCAAACCCGGCAUUGAAUGGAUGGAUGGUGGAGGUGACUUUCUUCUCGUGUAUUCAGCAUGUCGGUCUCGAUAUACUUGAUGCGACCGGGAAUAUAAUUGAAACGUGGAGUCAAUCUUUAGUAGUGGAGUCGGAUGAAAUACCUCAACUUCCUGAUGGCCCUGUAUGGAUUAAGCCAUCUAAAUGGAACCAAGGUGGAUACGACGCGAUCAUGGUGAGUAAGAAGACUGCCUUUGUCCGGAUGGUGCAAGUUACUAGUGCCGACAAGCACUCAUUUCACAUUGGCUCCUUCCAUUCGUGGUUAAAAAAGCUACAGCAGUCUAACCAGAGUUUUGAGAUCAAGACGUUGGAGAUAACCUUUGUUGUCACGAGAGAAAAGCUGAAAAGUUUUGAGUUGACGGACGUAACUGGUCAAGGACUGCUGGAGGCGUUUCAUUGGCUGCCGGCUAUGUUUCUUAUGAAGGCGCCUACCGUCUCGGGAAUAUGUGCGGCAAAAGAACAGAUGAACACGGACGCGGUAGUCGAAAUUCAGAGCAGCAGUUAA